GAGGUCGAGUGCAUGUCCGACGUCAACCUUGAUCAUGUCACCGAGGAGGUGGACGAGUUCUAUGGCCUCAUCGAGGAGUUGGAUGUGCGUUCUCUUGAGGACAACUGGGUCAUGGAAAGGUCAUUUGAGUACAUGUCUUCCUUGGAAAUGGCACCAGACAUGGACACACGGAGCAUUGAUGAUGCCAUCAUCACUUUAAGUAGCUUUGUUAAAGGCUCCCGUCCAUCCUGCUUUACGGUGUGGAAGAGGUCAUCUGACUGUGAAGACGUGGUUGCGCGGGUCACCGGGGAGUCACAAAAGUUGUUGAAGAAAGCUAUAGCCGGCGGUGCAUGGACAGCGAGACCUCAAGAAAGUAACAUCAAGACGCAUGUCCUGUCGGAAAGGAGGCGCCGAGAGAAGCUCAAUGAUAUGUUCCUAGUUCUCAAGUCAAUGGUCCCGUCCAUUAACAAGAUGGACAAAGCAUCCAUCCUAGCUGAAACUAUAACCUAUCUCAGAGAGCUAGAACAAAGGGUAGAAGAGCUAGAAACUAGCAGGGCACCGUCAUCGCACCCAAAUGAAGCAAUGGGACGGGGGCUCCAUGAGGUUGUCGGCAGGAAGAAGAUCAAGCUAUCAACUGGAUCAAAGAGGAAGGUGCUAGAGACGGAGAGGGAGGACAAUGAUUGCCCAAGCAACAUUGUUAAUGUGACCGUGAUGGACAAGGAGGUGCUCUUGGAGGUGCAGUGCCGAUGGAAGGAGUUGUUGAUGACACGGGUGUUCGACGCUAUCAAGAGCCUCCGCCUGGACAUCGUCUCUGUGCACGCAUCCACACCGGAAGGUCUUCUUGAUCUCAAGAUACGAGCUACUCAGCAGGCCUCGAUCGCACCAACUUCUAAGCUUGCAGUAGGUUCUGCUGCCAUUGCACCUGGGAUGAUCACUGAAGCGCUUCAGAAAGCUAUAUGCAUCCGCUGAAAUAAUUAAUAUCAACAACAUGACCUAACAUUGGUACUUAUAUUCCCAGCUAAUCUUUAUGCCAUGUGGACACAGCUGUUGGUCCUUGAAGGGCAAGGGUUUGCGGUACAAGUAUUUCUUAUAGUGAAGAACCAAUCUUAUCAAUCUGAUGGAGCACUUGUCUACAGUCCAUGAACGUCACCUACACACAAUUAGAUAACUUCUUCUUGGUCCAAAACUUAGAAAGUGAGAUUGUGAGUCUCACUAGCCUUGCCAGUUACAAGGAUUAACAAAUAGUGUGGUUGGAAUUGAUGAUUGAAAGAAAGUAAACAAAAUGGUUCAGAUUGUAAAAACAAAAAAAACAAAAAAAAAGAGUUUGAUCGAGGUUGUGAUUAUGAGGAAUAAAGGACCGGGAUCCAUAACUUCACUA